AUAUAUAUAUAUAUAUAUAUAUACAGACUACUUGUAUAUAAAAAAGAAAAAAACAGCCCAUCUGUACUACCACGACAAAAAGGAAACAAGAUGUCUGUAUCUGUUGCCCUGAAGAAUGUCUGUCAAGGAAUUGGUGAGGCACCUCACUGGGUGGAAAGUACUAAAUCAUUGCUGUUUGUUGAUGAAGAAUUUGGAGGCCUCCACAAGUGGAACAGCAUUGAUAACACACAUACCAAGUUUAAUGCUGAUAAAAAUGUCAGCUUCAUCAUACCUCGUGAAUCUGGUGGUUAUGUCGUAUCAUAUAAGACCCAUCUCGCUGAUUUUGACUGGGAGAGUCGACAGGUGAAACCAUUCCUUGAUGUGGAACCAGAUAAACCAGGAAACGACUUCAAUGAUGGCAAAUGUGACAGUUAUGGCAGGCUUGUGGCAGGUACCAUGAAAGCAGUUACAGGCACAUCUAAAAUGGAUGGAGCUGGACAGCUAUAUCGGAUUGAUAAAGAUCUCUCAGUUAAAGCCAUCAAAGACAAGAUCAAUAUAUCUAAUGGCAUGACAUGGACAUCAGAUGACAAAACCAUGUUCUACACCCAUUCUCUUCCAAGAAAAGUGUUUUCUUAUGACUAUGAUAUUUCUACAGGAGAAAUCGCCAGAGAACAAGUGGUUAUCGAUUUUGAAGGCAAAGAACUCCAUGAAUUUGGGGUACCAGAUGGAAUGACAAUUGAUUUAAAUGACAAAAUAUGGUUGGCUUGUUAUUACAGUAGUCAAGUAUUCCAGAUUGACCCAGAAACAGGUAAAAUUCUGAGUUCAAUCAAGUUUCCUGUCAGUCGAGUCACUUCCUGUUGUUUCGGAGGUCCAAACUACGAUGAACUGUACGUGACAUCAAGGGCCAAUAACUUAACAGAAAAUCAGUUGCAAAAUGAAGAGAAACUUGCUGGAAGUGUGUUCAAGGUUACCGAAUUGGGGGCAAAGGGUAAAGCAGCUGCUGUCUUUCAGGGAUAGUCUACACCUCUCUCCAAGUAUAUAUGGUAACUGAAAGACCACAGAUAUUAUAAUAAUUAUGUUUUAUCACAGUUAUAUUUUAUAAAAUUA